GAGAUAUUCUGGCUUCUGUACGGGUUUACUUAAUAAAACAAGAACAGUAGCAGAGAACAGGGAGUGCAUAUCAACUGGACUACAGUGAACAUGAACAUCAUUUUAGAAUAUACGCGUCUUCUUUUCAUUGUAAUUUAUUCAUAUCUAGAAUCUUUUGUGAAAUUGUUCCUGCCAUUGAGCAGAAAAUCAGUUGCUGGAGAUAUUGUGUUGAUUACCGGAUCAGGACAUGGCAUAGGACGCAGAACAGCUCUUGAAUUCGCCAAGCACCAAAGCAUUCUUGUAUUGUGGGACAUCAACCAGAAAGGUGUUGAGGAGACGGCAGAUGAAUGCAAGAUAUUGGGAGCUACAGCUCAUGCCUUUGUUGUGGAUUGCAGCAACCGGAACGAUAUUUAUAGGUGCGCUGAAAAGGUCAAGCAGGACAUUGGAGAUGUGGAUAUUCUAAUAAAUAAUGCUGGAGUGAUUUUUGGCAGAGAAUUCCUUGAGCUCCAAGACCAUCAGAUUGAGAAGACAUUUAGCGUCAACAUGCUUGCUCACUUCUGGACUGCCAAGUCCUUUUUGCCAGCCAUGAUGAAAAAUAAUCGAGGACAUAUUGUUACAGUAGCAUCCGUAGCAGGUCAAGUUGCCGUUCCAUAUUUAGUAGACUAUUGUGCGAGUAAAUCUGGAGUGAUUGGAUUUCAUGAAAGUUUAACAUCAGAACUGAAAGAAUUGGGAAAAGAUGGAGUUAAAACCUCUUGUUUGUGCCCAGUCUUUGUGAACACUGGAUUUGUUCAAAACCCAAGUACAAGGGUCUGGCCUGUGCUUGAAACUGAGGAUGUUGUAAAAUGCCUAAUGGAAGGAAUACUAACAAAUAAGAAAAUGAUUAUUGUACCUUCCUCAGUGAAAUACUCUUUAAUACUAAACCAUUUUCUUCCCGAACGAGUCAUUGCAGCUCUGACCCAGAUGCAAGAUAUCCAGUUUAGUACUCCGUACAGACAUGACAAAAAGGAGGAUUAAAGAUAUUAAGACAUUUAUUAAUGUUUCAUAUGAAAUAUUCAUGAACUUCACACAUUUAUUAUUAUUGUUAUUAACCUUCAGAGGAGCCUUAAAUAUUUUGGGGUCCAUUAAAUUCUAGUUAUGCCAUCAUUACACAAGAGUUUUUGGGUUAGCAAUUUCUGAUACUUUCUUUCUUUGCUUGAAACCUAACACAUGAUUUAUGCCAAAAUUUUUAGAUAAUAAUAUGCCUUCUCUAAUUCCUAAGACAAAUUUUAUCUCCCAUGAGAAAAAAUUAUUGACUACUUUUUUUCUAGCUGCUUCUAGGAAAGCUUUAUUUAAUUUCUGGCUACAAAAGGAACCCCCCCUCACCAUCGGACUCCAUUUCUUAUAUUAACCAGCUUAGUUGGCAAGAAGCCUUAAUAACUAAAACUCAAAGAAGUAAUUACAAAGAUUCUUUUAGGCAGAUUUGGUCUCCUUAUUUUGAAAUGUGUAACUCUACUACUGGCGAUCAAAUAAAGCGGUUUCUUCAAUUGUAAGAAGAUCUAUCCAGCAUUCCA